AUGGACUAUUGUAAAUCCAAGACUGAGACCCGACUACUUCAGUCGCUAAACAAGUUCAUAGCACUACUGGCGCAUUUGGGUACGCAGCCGCAAAACACGUCCAGCUCUAAUGCCAAAGUGCUGGCCAACUACUUGCGGUUGAAUCUUCUGUCACGACUCAGACACCUGCAGACUGUGUCCGAGGCAGAAAGACCGCUAGACUCGAAGGAAAGAGACCUGCUGGUACAGUGGUGGAUCACAUUGCUCAAUUUCCUCAACAGUGACGGCCGAAGCCAGGAGCACGACGAAAUUCCGCCAUUGUUGACGAUUGAAGUGUGUUCUGUGGCUCUCGAAAGCGUCAGCCGAAUUAUGACACUCACAGGGCUUGCAGCCUCGAACCAGCGCGAGCUUGACAUCUGCGCAUACCACACUCUCUUAACAGUUCAUUACGUCACAAACAGACUUAUCUUCAACACCAAGAAACGCAAAUUUCUGAUGUCCACCAAGCAGCUGCCCCUAGCACAUACAAAACAACAGCUGAGAUAUUACAAUCAAUACAAUCAGCUUCUGAACUCUUUUAUGGGCAAAUUGAUGGCAUAUGCGUUUUUCUUUUUGGACAAGUCGUUCGAGUAUGACUCGUUAUUGCUGCGGUUUCUGGAGCCCAAUGUGUGUGCCAUAGACCGUUCCUUUCCUGCAUUUCCUUGGAAAACCAAGAACUAUAAAAUCGGUGGCCAAGGCUCCCGUACGCGGCCCUCGACCACUUUGGCCGACCAAGACAAGAAAAUGUUUCAAGUCGUUAUCUCAUAUCUGAGAAACGACACCAUUUUCAUGGCUUUUUACUGGCAUUAUUGGCAUAUAGCACUGUCUAUCAUGGCAGCGCGCAACAUAGAAAAAGUUGAUAAAGUCUCAAUUCCUGGGUGUCAGAUCUUGAUUCGCUAUGUUACCAAAAACCUCGAUAGCGAUUUUGCAGCGUUCUCCCGGUUUCUGAAGUCUCAGGAAAACGAUUGCUUCCAGCAUACGCGACCAACGGGACACAUUUCCCUUGUAACAAGUGAGCAGACCGAUAAUUUCGUGUUUGUCAACUUCAAAACAGUAAAAUUGUGGGAAUGUAUCCGCUCAUUAACUGGCUGUCUUCACCCAAACAUGCCUGAUUUACUCUGCGAUUUCAUCAAAAUUCAUGAUGAUAUACUACUGAAAAAACUCGCCAAGAUUCCAGCUUACGACUAUCAACUGGGGAAUCUGAUCUACAACCGGCUGUUGCAAUUUAUUUUAUUCCAGUUUUACUCUCUGGAGCCUUACUUGUCGGCUUUUAACUGGGCAAAAUGGUGUCAGGGUCUAACUAGCAUGCUUCAAACCCUGAAUGUGAAUUGUCAAUGUGUCGCAUUAGUCUCGCUUUUCAAUAUUUGGGACUACAUUCCAACCGAUCAACAAGUGCGAAGCGACGUAAUAUCAACUUUGGUAGCUGAAUGGUGGGAAAGCCUGGCUCAAGACACCAUCUUUGAUGUUAUUCGCAUUCUUUUCUUCAAGAUAGUUGUUUUCCGAGUACUAAACUCGACUAAUCCUGCACUAGACGUUGUGAAAUCUCGCGUGGUAGAAAAUCUCCAAGCAGCACAUCAACGAGCAGUUUCGUUAGCGGGCGAAGUUCCGACAGACUUAUACCCCAGCUCUUCGACGGAUGCUCUACUUUUUCAUAUAAACCGGAAGCUAAUACUAUCAAAGUAUGAUUCGGCCACCGAGGACACUUUGCUCACAGAACAUGAACUGAAUAAUAACAGCGCUAAAGAGAAAGAAAGGAGUCUUCUGCUCCCCUCUGUCAUUAUGACCGCCAGUGUGAGACCUCUGUUCAUUUUAUCCCAGGGUCGAUAUCCUUUUGAUGUUCUGGAUGAAAUGGUUAUAAAGGCCUCCAAGAAAGCAGCUAAACAACGCAAUCAGAACUCUAAAUCUGACAACAAAACUUCCAGGACGCUCUUAAGAAGAGAAUCUGGUAAUAGCAGCAGUAAGAGUAGUGUUGAGAUCACCGUCGAAGAAGAAGCAGAUAGUUCUGUUGUUAGCGCUUUUGGUUCCUUCCUUUCGAAAUUUGGAAAUUCUAGCAUGAAGAGUUCUAAGAAAACAAAAGGGUCACUCGCGGAACGUUUCACAAGAAGCACGAGCUCCGGCAGUUCGAGAUUAGCAAGUGAACCUCCGAUAGCUUUGGAUGGUAAGCAAGAUAGUGAGUCAGUGGAAAUGAUCUCGAUGUUCUCUUCGCUUUCCGGUGCAUCUUCAUUGUCUGCCAAUAAAAGCGGCUCGUCAUUGGAGCUGCGAACUCAUCAGUCAAUAUCAAAAGAAUCAUCAACAUCACGAAGAUCAUCCAUCAAGGAAGGACAAGAAGAUGCAGCACAACCUCAAAAAAAGAAAAAGCUUUUGGCCCCACCAGAAUUGAAGUUCUCUGGAGAGAUUGUGAAGGCUGAACCCGUAAAGUGGAUGUUCCGCACUUUGAUAGUGCCUAUGUCUGGUUCGGUGCCCUCAGCUGUGUUGAGAGUACAGAAAGCCAAUGACAAAUGGGGAAUAGUUACAGCCAGAAACUACGAUAAACCACUUCCCUCAACAAAUGAUACUUCUGCUGAAGGAUCGGUCGCUCGCGCUGAUCUUUCGGUUUUGACAGGAGAGAUCAACAAUAUGAGUGUAUCAGAGAGUCUUUCCAUGGGGUCGUCAAACGACAUUAACCAAAGCAUUAUACCAUCGCGGCAGGUAGUACCACAGCCGUACUUGUUGGACCUUGGAAUUAAUCAAUCGCCCUCAUCAUAUUCCCAUGACGCUGAUCAAUUCACACUUACUUCCGCAAAAAGCGAGAAUACAACAGAGAAGAGACAUGAUAGCCAUCAUAUUUCAAAGACACCAUCCGCCUCUAAAACACCCCUCACCAUGAGGCAGGGAACGGAACUUGGUCAGCUCGUCAAAAUGAUAACGGUUUUCAACGACACUGUCUCCGAACGACUCCACUUCAUGGAUAUGGUGCAAUAUUCUGGUCAACGACUCAUGUUGGAUCCCGAACUGAGUACUUUCCGCAACUCUCAAAAUAGUCACAGAAACCUGGACAAUGCUCGAAUAGAGUACAUGUAG